UCAGCGCGCGCCGCACCCGGAAGAGACGUGGCAGUGGAGGGAUAAUCGGAGGGUUCUGAGCUGGAGGGAGCCGAGCGAGAACUCGGCUGAGUGCUGUCUGACCUUCCGCACCUCGGACCGGCGCUCGCGCCCUGGGGACGAGUGCCGCAGCCGAUUCGUAACACACAGUGGGGGUCGACUAUGGGGCUUUGCAAGUGCCCCAAGAGGAAGGUGACCAACCUAUUCUGCUUCGAACACCGGGUCAACGUCUGCGAGCACUGCCUGGUAGCCAAUCACGCCAAGUGCAUCGUCCAGUCCUACCUGCAGUGGCUCCAAGAUAGCGAUUACAACCCCAAUUGCCGCCUCUGCAACAUACCCCUGGCCUCCCGGGAGACGACCCGCCUGGUCUGUUAUGAUCUCUUCCACUGGGCCUGCCUCAAUGAACGAGCUGCCCAGCUACCCCAAAACACAGCACCUGCUGGCUACCAGUGCCCCAGCUGCAGUGGCCCCAUCUUCCCUCCAACCAACCUGGCCGGCCCCGUGGCCUCCGCACUGAGAGAGAAACUGGCCACAGUCAACUGGGCCCGGGCAGGACUGGGUCUUCCUCUGAUUGACGAGGUGGUGAGCCCAGAGCCUGAGCCCCUCAACACUUCCGACUUCUCUGACUGGUCCAGCUUUAAUGCCAGUGGUAGCCCCAAACAAGAGGAGACAGCCAGCGCUUCUGCUGCCCCAGCCUUCUACAGCCAAGUCCCCCGGCCCCCUGCUUCCCCGAGCCGACCCGAGCAGCACAUGGUGAUCCACAUGGGCAAUCCCGAGCCUCUGACUCACGCCUCAGCCCCAAGGAAGGUGUAUGACACGCGGGAUGAUGACCGGGCACCAGGCCUCCAUGGGGAUUGUGAUGAUGACAAGUACCGUCGCCGGCCUGCCCUGGGCUGGCUGGCCCAGCUGCUCAGGAGCCGGGCUGGGUCUCGUAAGCGGCCGCUGACCCUGCUCCAGCGGGCAGGGCUGCUGCUGCUCCUGGGGCUGCUGGGCUUCCUGGCCCUCCUUGCGCUCAUGUCUCGCCUGGGCCGGGCUGCGGCUGACAGCGAUCCCAACCUGGACCCGCUCAUGAACCCUCACAUCCGUGUGGGUCCCUCCUGAGCCCCUGCUUAUGGCUGGGCCAGCCUAGGAGCUGGGGGCCUGAGGGUGGGUAGAGGGGGAGGUCCAGGGGCCCUUCUCUGCUCCUCUUCCUCAAGCCUGAGACACUAAGAUCCCAGGCCCAAAGCCAAGUCCACCAGAGUGGCUGCAGGCUAGGCCUGGGGUUCCUGCAGAUCAAACAUUUGUCUUGAUCUUCUCCUCCUGGGUCUCCAGCUUUCCCCCUCCCUCCCCCAAAGGAGCUGACAGGUGGAAAUAAAUUACAGACUUUAUUAAAACACCCGAAGCAGCCUUUUCCUUCCCCCUUCUCAGCCUGGGCCCCAAGCCUCAGUGGUUCUCUUCCCGGUACUCUAUGGCCAGAAACUCCAGGGACAGGCGGUUGAAGAACAUGGCUCCGUUGAGCACUGGGCAGAGGAGAGAGCCCCCAUCAGCCUUGCCUGCCCCCUCCUUGCUGCAUCUCAGGGUUCCAGAGCUCCCCCCUCCCGCUGCGUACACCCUACUCACUCAGGACGGUCAGGGAAAAGCAUCGACGAAACUUGUCAUGUGUCAUCUCAGCGUAGAGUGACCCCAUGGCGGCCCAGCAGAUGCCGAUCACCUGGGAGAACUGUAGGCCCCAUCCCGUGGGAGAGUGGCCCCCUGACACACAGGGGGGUUUCCAUCAGCCCCUGGGCCUCCUCUGACCAGCCCUUGAGCCCCUGCCCUGGCCUACCAUCAGGACAACUGUGUAGCGGAAGCUCAUGCGGUCAUAGUGGUGGGUGAUACAGAAGUUGUGCACGUCGCUGGCGAAGAUGGUCAGGUGUACGAAGAAGAGCAUCAGAGCAGCCAUGGUGAGAAUCAUGCCUUGUGGGAAGAAGAGCACGGCCACGCGGUCCCGCCACCGCAUCCUGGCGGCAGCACAGACUCAAGGCAGCUGGUACAGCUUGAGCAAGCGGACACUGCCCAGGAGGAGCAGCCGACCCCUCCGGUUCUGGAGCGCACAGUCUGGAAUAGCCGUAGGAUUCUAGAAUCAGGAGGACAUAGAGAACAAGAUUCUCGAGCACAGGCUGUUUCCAGCCAAUACAGGAGUGUUUCAUGGGUGGCCAGGGCAGCUCUGAACUGUGGAGGGGGGCUGGGCUAAAGGUACAGAGCAGCGGGGCCCUACCGUGUUGAGGGAGGGACAGUGUACCUCACCAUCCCAGCCCACACACUUUGUGCUCUUGGGCAAAUCUUUUCACUAAGUCCUCAACAGUUCCACGCAGGAGGUAGUGUGGGCACAUUCUGCAGAUGAAGAACUGGGGCUCAGAAAAGCGAAGGGGGGACUUCCUUGGUGGCACAGUGGUUAAGAAUCCACCUGCCAAUGCAGGGGACACAGAUUCGAGCCCUGGUCCGGGGAGAUCCCGCAUGCCAUGGAACAACUAAUCCUGUGUGCCACAGCUGCUGAGCCUGCAAGCCACAGCUAUUGAAGCGCACAUGCCUAGAGCCCAUGCUUCACAACAAGAGAAGCCACCGCAAUGAGAAGCACACGCACCACAACGAAGAGUAGCCCCUGCUCGCCGCAACUAGAGAAAGCCCGCGCACAGCAACGAACACCCAACACAGCCAAAAAAAAAAAAAAAAUGUGAAGGGGCAUGUAGGUCCUCAGCAAGUCUUAGGCAGAUGAGAGGUCAGGUGUAAUCUCUACUAAUGAGAUCUCUCCAGUAGAACUGGAGGAUGUAGCCAGGUGAGGGCAGGCCUGGGCUGGAUCACAAACUCCAAGUAUUUGUUCCAGCCCCUAAUGGGGAGGAAGUAAGGGAAGGGACAACAGAUUCUCCAUAGCUGUCCCAGGACCUUCCCACAUCCUCCCCAGGUGGGCCCUGGAGAGCAACUGGCUUUUCCAUCUUCUCCCCAGAUGUUCUUCCAACACAUGAUGCUGACCAGCUCUCCCCUCUGCUGCCUUCCAGCACUCAGCAUCUUAACACUCAUUGUCUCUACCAUUCCAAGAGUCCCAUGAGAAAGCUGGGACUGGUGGCACAAAUCCUAUUUUACACACAAGCCUGGGGCACAGAGAGGGAUUGUCAGCUCAAGUUUUCGCAGCCAAUGAGUGAGGGAAUCAGUACUAAGACUAAUAUCCACUUCUACCUGAGGCUGUGGAAUGGGCAGGGACAAUUAGAUGCCAAGAAAAAAACAUUUCCUCUGUACGUGUGAGAGGUGAGAACUCCAGGACUGUCAACAAAAUAAGUCAGAAAACUGGCCAGAAAUGGUGUGGAGGGACAUGCAAACUCCCAGGAACUAAAGUAUUGUAGAAGAAGAGUUGAUGUUGAACUUGGCCAGCCCCAUUGCCUCCUGCCUGACUGUCUGCCCCAGAAGUCAGGUCCCAGGUCAGGUCAGGUCAAGACCAGAAGUCUCCUGCCUGGAAGCAGUAAGGUUAAAUAAAGCCUGACACCACCAUC